AUGUCCUCUGAAAGGUUAUACGCCUUCUCUCCGGAGACCAAAGAGAAGCUGCGCAAGUUUCGCUUGACAACAUCCCGGGCGAAAGAGCCGCAAGCGAUCAUCUAUAUCAUCGAUGCUAAAAGCCAGGAAAUCCGAGCAGAAGAUGGCGAGGUGUACACAAAGAUGGAAGACCUGGCGGACGAGCUCCCAGAGUCGUCUCCCCGGUUCAUCCUUCUUAGCUACCCCUUAACUCUGGGUUCUGGUCGCCUUGCGGUUCCUUACGUCCUGCUCUACUAUCUCCCCGAGAACUGCAACCCGAAUCAGCGAAUGAUGUAUGCGGGCGCGGUCGAGUUAAUGCGAAAUACGGCAGAAGUCAACAGGGUUAUCGAGGUCGAGAGCGAGGAGGAUAUCAUAUCUAUCGAGUCGAAGCUGCAGAGUGCGGACUGAUUACUGUUGAGGGCAAGCGGACCGCGGGUGAAGUUGAAAUGAGUAUGAAAGGCGUUGAACGUAGGAACGGCGUUGCAAUCUAGAGGGUUCGAGGCGUUGAAGUCUCUAACCGUC